UGGAGUAAAGUUUUUCGUUGAAGACGACCUCGAGAAUGACGUCUUUGUUUGUGGGAGUCGUUGGUUUGUUUAUGUGCCAGAUCGUGUUCUCCCCAUACACAGUGAAUGAUGGCAACAGACAGAGGAACAGGGGUGAUGAAGUUGUUGAUCAUUGGGGUUGUAUAAAUGUGCAUAUCUCUCUACAUUUUAAAACGACAUAAUGUGUUGCCAGCAAAGUUCUUCACCUCACGUUAAUGCUUUUGUAUAUGAGCCUGCCGGGUUCCAUUCUAUCAAAGUGAAGCCUAUAUGGUGUAUUUGUGUGUGGGCGUCCUCGUCGGCUGUAUAUAAACCGCCUCCCAGUCAUGUUCUACACAUUCAGUGAACUAUGGCAGAGCGGUCAAUCCUAUCACAAGGACAGUUGAGGGCGUUGGAGGUGCUACUCAUUGAGGAGCAGCUUCUUAUCCUGAGGCACCAGCAGAAGAGAAGACGGAGGCGGAGGUGGUCUGUACGGCCACUAAAUCAACCAAGACCAAUGACGGGUGAAUAUCGUAUUCUUGUCCAACCUAUGAGGGCUAUCGAUGAAGAGCACCAUUUUAAGUACUUUCGUAUGUCGGCUGGCCGAUUCGAUGAGCUGCUUCGUCGUGUGCAGCCGCACAUACAACAUCAGGGCACACACAGCGCUCCAAUCGAUGUCGCCCAGAGACUGGCUGUGGCGAUACGAAUUUUAGCCUCGGGUGGAACACAACAGGCUGUAGCUGACAGCUAUAAACUGGGAUCCAGCACAGUGUGCCUCAUUCUAUCCGAGGUCUGCCAGGCUUUGUGGAAAGCGCUGCAGCCAGACUACCUGCCCGUUCCUUCGACCAACCAGUGGGCAUCAAUAGCAGCGGAUUUUUGGAAACUAUGGAACUUCCCGAACUGCGUUGGGAGCCUCGACGGCAAACACGUGAAUCUCAAGGCACCACCUCAUGCCGGGAGUGAUUAUUUUAACUAUAAAGGUAAUCACUCCUUCGUGCUGAUGGCAAUUUGCGAUGCCAGAUAUCGCUUUACAAUGGUGGACAUCGGAGCCUAUGGACGGGAAAGCGACGGCGGCGUUUUCAAAGAGAGCAGUUUUGGAAAAAUGCUGUUCAAGCACAACUUGAACCUGCCUCCAUCAGCUUUCCUUCCCGGGACCACGACCAAAGCCCCACACUUUAUUGUCGCUGAUGCUGCUUUCCCCUUGCAUAACAACAUCCAGCGUCCAUAUCCAGGGCAUUUAAGCGGAGAGCAGCGCAUUUUUAACUACAGACUCUCCAGAGCCAGGAGGGUCAUAGAAAAUGCGUUUGGAAUCCUGGCUGCACGGUGGAGGAUUCUCGGGAGGUCAAUUGAGUUCCAUCCAGAGAAGGCUGUGGAUGUGGUGAAGGCAUGCGUUGUCCUUCACAACUACCUGGUCGACACAGAUGAGGCUAACGACCCUGUCAGCCGCUACAUUCCUCCCAAUUUCAUUGAUGCACCCGCAGGAGGCUCCCAACAGCCUGGUGAGUGGCGCAGAGUGGUGGGUGGUGAUUCCAAUCUCCAAGCAGUCCAUCCAUCACAGAUGACUAGGAGCCGUGCCACCAGAGCUGCUGCAGGUGUGCGAGCUGCAUUGGCAGAGUUCUUUAUGGGACCAGGAGCGGUGUCAUGGCAGAAUGACAUAGUGACACGUGGCACACUUGGCCCCCAGAUGACCUAGAAGUGUUGAUCCGUUCUGCUGAUAUAAUAAUUCCAUACUCUUUCAAAAGCCUAUUUGCUGUUGGGUUUGUUUUAGUUUCGCAUUAGUUUUGUUUCAUUGUGUUUGAUUCUUGUCUGUUUUACUUUGCAGAGGUCUGUGGUGGUGGCGGUGUCCCUUUUCUUCCUGUGUGCUGUGCUUCCCUGGGAUUUGUGUUUGUGUGUGUGAUUAUCACUUACCCGGGUGAUUUAUAUUAUUUGGACCCUUCCCUUCGCUAGUGUGGUAGAAAUUAGUGAGUAUAUUCUAUGGUAAACCAUGAUUAUUAAUAGGCUUAAUAUGGUAGAAAUUAGUGAGUAUAUUCUAUGGUAAACCAUGAUUAUUAAUAGGCUUAAUAUGGUAGAAAUUAGUGAGUAUAUUCUAUGGUAAACCAUGAUUAUUAAUAGGCUUAAUAUUUUUAAUGGUGGAAACCACAAGAUGCUUGCAGAGUCUGGGUUCAGAGCAGAUGGUGGUAAACAGAAAUGUCCUAGGAACUGCGGGGUCAAGUCAUGUUGACCUCAGCCUGUCAGCCUUGGGUCAUCUUGGCUAACGAGGUCAAUCCAUGCUGACCUCAGACCAGGGCGUGGUUGAUAACAUGCUGAGACAAAUUGACUGGACGGAAACCCCAUUGGAACAAAGGGAACCUCCAUUGUAACAAAGAAAUUAUUGUAUGUGGGUAUGUGCAUAAAGAGGAGCCGGAGUCUAUGUUCGAGAGUGACUCUGCAGACCCACUCAGGCUGUUGUCGUUGUUGUUUUUCUUCACGAUAAAGUCUUUUUCAAUUCUUGUUCCGGACCCCUCGAAUUCUUUUACACUCUCUCUUAAAUUAGUUUAAGUGUUUUAAAUCUCGAUUAAUCUCCGACACUAGUCACCCCAUUCACAUCAGCCUCCGCUUUAAUAGUUUAUUGUGUGCUUAUUCCAUUGGAUUAAUUAAAUAAAAUAUAUAUUGUUAAAACUGAACCACGUCUCCUGCCAUUAGAGUCAAAGACUGUCACGUGGCACACUUCGCCCCCAGAUGACCUUACCUAGAAGUGUUAAUAAAUCCUCUUUCAAAAGGCUGUUUGCUGUAACAUGUCUUUGCUUUCCAUACAAACAAGGUACGGCAAAGGCAAAGAAUGUAUAACGGCUUUAGAGCUGCUGUGGGUGUGAGACGAAGAAGAACAGUUAGUACAAAUUAUGAAUAAUAAAAAUACAAUGAGCAAAAUCCAAACAAGAGAACAAAAGUAUAAGAACAGUGCUGUACAAAAUUCACAAUAACUAUAAAUAAUAAAAUAGACAUGCAAAAUCCAAACAAUAGAAGAGAACAAAAAAAGAGUGCAGAACAAAACACAAACCAAUUAUGAAUAAAAAAAAUAUUUACAUAGUGCUUAGGGGCAUUCUCUUAAGUUUUCAACGCCCUGUGCCGAAAUCAAACAUUGCAAAAUCCUCAUCAUUAAAGGGUGCCUACUCUCCUGUAAUGCAGUCCUCGCCAGGUCCCCCACAACCUGGCCAAAUCUUGCAUACUCAUCAGGGGCAACCAUGCUCUCAAGUGACAGCACAGUCUGCCUCCGCUCCUCCAAAUCUGCCACCCUUUCACUCAUGAAGUCAUCCAGCUGCCCCCUUCUUUUCCUCUUCCUUCCUGUGUGGGAAGGAGGAGAUGGUGACAUCAUGGAGGCUGAAGGGGUGGAUGGGCUGAAUGCUGGCAAAUUGG